AUGAAGUUCAACGUUAUCCUUGGCUGUAUCUUUGCCCUAGCCGGCAUUGCUGCCGCCGUCCCUGGUCCCCACUGCAUCAACCGGGCUGAUCCAGAUAGAUAUGCAUAUGGUGCUACAGGCGAAAUCGCAGCUAUCAAGAACUGCACUGCCGUUCUAACCGACCCGCAUGGAAAAUUCCGCCUGACCGCAUCCGAGGCACAAGCUGCAUUCGUUGAUUUGACCUUGUAUACCAAUGCUGAAAGUUGUCCGAUGUGCGCCUCUGCGAUUCGAUGGGCAGGCUUCCGAGAAUAUGUCUAUGGAUCGUCAAUCGACACGCUCAUUCAGAAAGGCUGGGGGCAGAUUCGGAUCUCUUCCGCGGACGUUUUUGAGGCUUCUUACGACCUUCCGAGUCAGUCGCGUCUGAUGGGCGAUGUCCUUGCUAACGAGACCGAUCCUUAUUUCUUGUGGCAAUUUGAUCCAUCUUACCCAUGUCCUCAUGGCUGUUCGCGUACCAAAGAUGGAUCGAGCUGCCGGGGUCCUUCUGGUUAG